GUGGUCCCGCCCACACUAGAAUGUGGAAACUUGCGCCCCUUGCGCCAGUGGUGCUUCACUACAUGCCGGUUUCCGGUGUUAUGGCGACCACCGCGGUCAGCUGCGCUUCAUUUCGGCGAAAAUUAAGUUGUGUAUUCAGGUCUGAUUACCCAAACAAAAGUCGGAAAGAGCUCAGCAGUACUUCCUGCAGAAGUUUUGAGCAGCCCACAUGUAUGCCACUGUGAUUCCUGCUAUGCUGCUCUUGAGCGUGUUGGAUAUAGUCUUUCAUGCUGCUGUGGUCACCAGUGAGAACAGCAACCACAAGCCAUCAGCACCAACGUUCAACUAUAGCAGCAUUUCCCUGGCGCCGGAUCACGUACCUUACUUUCUGUACAACAACAAGAAGGUCGCCAAGCAGUGCAGGCUUGACCCACACUGUCCUUUUAAACAGCAAUUUGCCAAGCAGAAUUUAUCUUCCUGUUGGGGUUAUGAGAAGAAUUGUGAACGAAAGAAUCGCUUCAGCUAUCCCAUUUGCACCAAAGUUGACUCUGGAUGGGUAGAUUCACUGGAAGCAGCUCAGGAUCUUUUCUGGAAGCAGGCGGAUUUUGGCUACGUCAAGGAGCGCCGCUCUGAGCUCAAAACACUUUGCAAGGCCACCAAGCCUGGGGACUCCUCUUUGAGAUGCACCAGUCAUGCAAGAUUCUGUAAGGCAACCAACCUUUACCUGGACAUGCGGAAACCGCGCAGAAGUCAAGAGAGGUACAAGGAGGACUUCAUCCAGAAAGGUGAGAUUGGUGGUCAUUGCAAACUCAACAAGCAAGCCCUUGCUGCAGCAGGAGAGCACAAGAGCCCAUUGCAGUCUUGGUAUGCCGAGCUUCAAACAUACACAGAGUUGGAGUUUCAUCCCUUACAUUCGUGCGAUGUCAUAAUAGAGAAACCCACAGUAUUCAUGAAACUGGAUGCUGGGGUGAACAUGUACCAUCAUUUCUGCGACUUUGUCAACCUCUACAUAUCCCAGCACAUUAACAACUCUUUCAGCACUGAUAUCAACAUAAUUAUGUGGGACACGAGUUUUUAUGAAUACGGAGAUUUAUUCAGGGAAAUAUGGAAGGUCUUCUCAGAAUCUGAUAUCAUUCACCUGAAGACCUAUGAUUCUAAAAAAGUAUGUUUCAAAGAUGCCUUUCUCUCUCUUCUCCCAAGAAUGAGAUACGGUCUCUUUUACAACACACCACUUGUCUCUGAUUGCUCCAGUGAAGGGAUGUUUCGGGCAUUUUCCGAACAUGUCCUCCAUCGUCUGAACAUACUGCAGAAAGGACCAAUGGCAGGACGUAUUCGUGUGACCUUGCUGGAACGCAGUACAGAAUACAGGAGAAUAAUAAACCAAAAUGAGCUUGUAAAUGCGCUUAAAACAGUCCUGCAUCUAGAGGUCAAUGUGCUUGACUACAAAUACAAGGAUGUUCCGUUCCUUGAGCAGUUGAGGAUCACCCACAACUCAGAUAUCUUCAUUGGAAUGCAUGGGGCAGGACUUACACAUCUACUCUUCCUACCCGAUUGGGCUGUGGUCUUUGAGCUGUAUAAUUGUCAGGAUGAGGGCUGCUAUCGAGAUUUGGCCCGGCUACGAGGCAUUCGCUAUGUGACUUGGCACAAACAGGACAAAGUGUUACCCCAGGACAAGGGCCACCACCCGACUCUUGGAGACCAUCCCAAGUUCACCAACUACUCCUUUGACGUGGAGGAAUUCAUGCGCAUUGUGCUGGAUGCUGCAGAUUACAUCACACAGCAUCCCAAAUGGCAGCAUUGUAACAUGCGUGACGAACUGUAGAGUCCUUGAGUGGGCAAAAAAAUAAAUAAAUCAAACUAAAGUAGCUGACAUCAGGCGACACUGUGACAUUGGUCCUGAGAAAUUUGCACCACCCCCACCUCCUCAGAAAACAAAACGAAAAAAAAAAAAGUAUUUCUGAGGAUCUCUGUGGUUUAAGAAUUUGCCACAUUCUGUUACCUGCUUUAGUAAGUCCUGAUGAGUGAAAUCUGUAUACCAGGCAUCUCAAAUGAGAUGUAAGCAGUGGAUUCAUCUGGACAACGACAAGAAGUACUUCUUCAUUACUGUACUACAACUCCUUCAAUCCGCGUGGUGUUGGCUAAUGAGUAGCUGAUCCCAUAACAUGGGGCCUGUUGUUACUUUUGAUGAGUGUCACCUUGAUCCGAGACUCCUCUGAGCUCUUGAUGUUUUCACCUGAGAAACAGAAUACAUUCAAAACACAUCAGUAUUCAUAGAAUAGGAUUGUGCUACAUUGUCACACAAUGUUGUGUUUUAUCAAUACAGUGAACCCCCACUAUUUGCGGCGGACAACAACCAAGCCCUGCUGAGAAUAGCUAAAUAGUUUGUAAUUGCGCAUGGAUGCCACAAGUUGGCGUCAAAAGACUUCCUUCCAUCCAUUUUCUGAGCCCCUUAUCCUCAUAAGGGUUGCGGGAGUGCUGCAGCCUGUUUACAUUUCACGAUUUGUUGUCAUCUCGCUCACCGCACAGCGAAUGAAAAUUAAUCCUUGUACUUUUGUCUGAACAAUACCUUUGCAGUGAGGUAGUACCCAAAAAUGUACAAACGUAUUGCUUUUUCACACAUGAGCCUUUAAAUUUUACAGUAUUAUAAUUUUGAUUUAUAAUUUACUGUAUAUACUGGCUAGGAUUGGCUGGCAACCAGUAAAGCCUGAAAAUAGUUGUGAUUGCCAACUCGUGAGGAUAAGCAGUACAGAAAAUGGAUAGAUGGAGGAAUUUUUAAAAUUUUAGAGAAAGUCGCGAGGAGUGCUGGAGCCUAUCCCAACUGUCAUCGGGCAGGAGGUAGGAUAGACCCUGAAUUCUUUGCCAGCCAAUCGCAGGCCACAUGGAGACAGACAACAUUCACACCUAUGGGCAAUGUAGAGUGGCCUAUUAAUGUUGCAUAUUUUUGGAAUGUGGGAGGAAACUGGAGUGUCUGGAGAAAACCCACGCAGGCACGGGUAGAACAUGCAAACUCCACACAGGCGGGGCCGGGGUUUGAAUCCUGGCCCUCAGAACUGUGAGGCCAACGCUCUACAGCUGUGUCACCGUGCUGCCAGGACUUUUGUGUAAUUGAAGCUCUCCACUCGCUUCAUUGUUCCUUGCCAUUAAGAUGCCACAUGAUGGCGCCAGAGCAAUACUGUUAUUGCUUUGGCCUCAGCGCCAUAAAACCAAGUAGGUACGUUUUUAAGAAAAUCACAGUGGAUAAGUUAAUAAAAAAUGUCAAUAGGCGCAUUUUUUUGGUAUGCGAAACUGUGAAUAUGCGGGUUUCCACUGCCGUAUGUUAUUUUGGUAUGAGUGGCAUCUGUAGCAAGACCCAAGAUUUUACUAUUACACACACACACACACACACACACACACAAAAUGCUAGAGUAAAAUUCAUCCAUUCCAUUUUCCAAGCCGCAUUUCCUUACAGGGGUCGCGUGAAUGCCAGAGCCUAUCCAGCCUAACUUUGGGCAAAAGGUGGACGAAUAUUUGCUUUAAAUCACUGGACACUGGGCUACCACAUCUCUCUUACAGUCGACGGGAUCAGUUCGAAUCUGGCCUCUUGUCUUUCUCUUUGGUGUUUGCACUAUUCCCUAAUGCUUGAGUUAGUUUUCUCAUCAAUGCAUUCCUAGCUGUUUCAUUACAGUAACAUGCAUGGUAGGUUGGUUGAAGACUGAAUAGCUCACGUGAGCACCCACGACCCUAAUAAGCACUAUAGAACAUGGAUGGAAAGAAAGUUGGACACUCCAAUCCCAAUUUAGCCUGCUAAGUGUUUAAAUGCAUCUGACAAUUUUAAUUGAUUGUAUGUGUAUUUAUUUUAAGUUUUGGUCAUUUUUCUUUGAUAUGCAAUAGCUAUUCAAAGUGUUUUUACACUUUGGUACCCUUUAGCCAUUCAAACUAACUGAUUAUUCCGUAGUUGGUGUUUCAACCUUUAUAUUGUAUUUAUCAAAGAAGCAAUAGUCAAUUGGGACAGUUUGUUGGUCAAG